AUGCACGACAUACGCCGAGAAAACUUCGUCACGCAGGGGGCCUUCAUGGCUGCUCAGCUUUGCAAGGCCGACAAGGGGACUGUCAAAUCGCAGCGCGGGAAGCUGGACCUCGUCUGCGAGCUCCUGAUUUCGGCUGGGAUUUUCGAAGAAGCGACUGGCGGCGGCCUUUGUGUUCGCGAGAAAGAAGAAGUCAAACCGUGCGCGGAGGUACAACCAGCACACGCCGGAAUCGGUCGCACGGCGUUUCUAGAAGAAAGUCUUACUCACGCCGAGGAGGCUAUUGCACGCAUUGACAGAUCGGUGGAGGCGGCGAGUGUCGAGGCCAAGCGUACCGCGGCGGUGGCGGCGGGCGCAAACUCGAGGUUGGACAAGGUCGCGGCUCGGUGCGGCCUGAUAGAGGAGAGGUGCGCGAGAACGGACGAGAGAUGUCGGCAAGUAGACGAGACUAGCACCGCGGCCGUCGAAGAAAGUAGGAAUCGGUUGGACGAGAGCCUGAAGGAGACGCGGGAACUCAUCGAGACCAACAGCACGCGAAUCUUCCACCUUGCCGCCGAGGUAGAGGGGCUUGCGAGCGCAAGUAAAGCCUCCCCCGCAGCGGCCAGACGCCUUGCCCUAGCCCGCGAGGAGACCGGGGAUGUUUUUUCCGUUGAGGUCGCACACUUCUCACCAAAACAGCAAGAAGGACAUGGGCGGGCGACUGCGACCCCUCCCACAGCAACCGUCGGAGAGCGCAAGGACGACAUCCGCGAAAGGUUGAAACCGGGCGUCGGCAGAGCAAAAACAGGCCCGGGCGAAACGCCUAAUCUGAGCACCUUCGCGGAGGGUGAGAUUCACCACGCCCCUUGCCGUCCUGGUGUUCUCGACGAGCCCGGAAAUUCCCCUCGUGAAUGUUCUGCUAGGACUCGUGGUAUGGAGUCGAACCUACAACACCCCGCGCCCCCGUCUGCACAACGUGGGUGCAACUCGACGUUUUCCGGUCGGCGGGUAGCAGUGGUGUCCCCCGAAAUCAAGGGCCCACCGGCGGGGAUGAUCGCCGGUCCCGUUCGGCCGCCGGAAUACCACGCGACGCCGGGGGUUUGGUCGAGGGCAUCAUCGUGGCCAUUGCUGUCAAACGUGGCGGCUACUCACGGUGAGGGGAGCGGCACUGAUAUCGGCACGGGCGGGGAGAGAAAAGGAAUGAUACUACGGCGAGACUACUCGAUGCCAAAUCUCGGCCUGACGUCGCGAACGCACGACGGGCCUCCAGAUGUGACGAGGAUCAAACUUGCCGGCGCCGCGCCGAUCAUCGAUCCGGCUCUUGUUUCCGCUGGGGCUGUGCUUGACGUGCCUCUUGACCCGCACGCUAGUGCGGUCGCCGACCGCAUGGAGGGCUCGGAUACCGCCGCAGGUCACCGCGGUGAUGAGGAAAACGCUCGGGAAGCUCUUCCAAGAGACAACUCCCCGAUGAAAGCACCAAAUCAUCACGUCGGGGAAGCUUGUGACACGGGAAACAAAGAUCGACAGCCGCCAGUACCAUCACAAGCUUUGGCGGCGAUGACGGCGCAAGAAGUGGCAGAAGCCUUGGGUAUGGCAGCCGUGGCACAAGGCCGACCACACAACACGGCGGGGGCGGAGGCGACGGAAGAAAAAUUGGGCGGAGGCUUGUCGGGAAGGCUAAGGUCUCCCGGCACCCGGCUGGCAUGCCUUGGGAAUCCUCUUCACGAUUUGGGGGGGAACGAAGAAUCGUCGAGCGAUGAUGGGUAG